AUGCGAGAAAAACUCGCGAACAGGAAACAGAAGAAAGCGAUUUUGAACUUGACGAAGCAGACGACGUUGGACGCUGGGGAUGCCUGGGAUGCCGGAGAUGAAGCAGAUGAGGUCACCUGCUCUCUGUGGAGCGGAUUCGAUAUAGAUAGAGAGAUGGAAUUCGGUAUUGGUCUGCAAAAAGCGGGAAAGAAAAUGAAUAAAAACGGUGUGCUUGGGGAUGACGAGAACAGAGAGCAGCGGCAAGAAAUCAGGCGCAAGAACCGGGGGAGAUGGCGGAAUGGACGGUGGUAUAUAAGCUCUGUUCUGCUAUACAGACACUCGCAGUCCGCUUGCUGCUGGAGGAAGAGAAGAGGACUCACGUGGCGACGGCGGAGGAGGAGGAGCCUCGCUUAUUAA